ACUGAGAGAGAGAGGGAGAGAAAGGAGAGGGGAGGUAAGGAGGGCAGGAGAAAAAGACUGCGUCUGAGAGCUGUGAGGCAGAAGUGAUGGACUCAGCACUCAGAAAGUGACAUUCUUCUCCUACCGGGCUACAGAGAGCACAGUGACCUCUCACUGUCUCCUGCUUUCUCACUGCCUGUGAGGAAUCUACACAUUACAUCUAAAAACAAAUGUGGAUUUAAUGUAUUUAGUCUUUUCAAGUGGAUUUUUUCAUCUUUGCUCAAUGCCUUCAGUACAAAGGACAUCUUCCCGACAAGUGCAGCUCCUGAUUCUAUAAUGAAGGUGUUUUAAUAACAGGCUUCAAACCACAGACCACUUUUAAGUGACAGGACGGAUGCAGGUGUCAAAGAACAAGUGAUCUAGAGAGAGGACAGCCCCAAACAGCUUUCACACAGACCGGUGAUGAAUUUCUUCAAGGGGACACUUCGAUCAGUGUUGCCAGAAGGGCAAGAGAACUGAAGGAAUAACAAGCUAGAGUUGACAAUUAUCUGGUGUGUGUGAGUGAGAGCCCUUCCCAGACUGAUGGAGCUCCCUGCAGUGGUGCUGCUGUUCCUGGUGUAUGGUCUGGUGUCUGGAGCCCAGCAGCCCCAGGGCCAGGGGAACCGCCAGGAGAGCAACCCCCAGGCCAGGAGCCAGGGUAGAACCUCAUCCCAGGAGUUUGAGAGCAGUGAGGAUGGUCUGGAGAGAGAGUUCCUGUAUUCGGGGCGGAGGAGCAGACGGGCCCUCGCCGACUCCCAGCAGCCUGACGGUUGUUCAUACACCUUUAUCGUUCCCCAGCAGAAGGUGACAGGGGCCAUCUGUGUGAACCGCAAGGAGCCGGAAGCAGUGCUGGAGAACCGCGUCAACAAGCAGGAGCUGGAGCUGCUGAACGGGGAGCUGCAGAAGCAGAAGAGGCAGAUCGAGAUGCUGCAGCAGCUAGUGGAGGUGGACGGAGGCAUUGUCAACGAGGUCAAGCUGCUGAGGAAGGAGAGCAGGAACAUGAAUUCCAGGGUGACCCAGCUCUACAUGCAGCUGCUUCACGAGAUCAUCAGGAAGAGGGACAACUCCCUGGAGCUGUCCCAGAUGGAGAACCGCAUCCUCAACCAGACCUCGGAGAUGCAACAGCUCACUAACCGCUACAAGGACCUGGAGCACAAGUACCAGCACCUGACCUCUCUGGCCAACAACCAGUCGGUCCUCAUCGCCCUUCUGGAGGAGCAGUGUCAGGGUCAGCCGGUCAGCCUCCCUCGCCCAGUCCCUGUACCCCAGCCCAGGCCUCAGCCCCCACCCGCACCAUCACCACCCAUCAACAAGCCCUACCAACCUCCCACCUACCCACGCCUCACCAACCAGAUAAACAACGAGAUUCAGAGUGACCAGAAGUCUGUGCUGCCUGUCCUUCCUACCAUGCCCAGUGGCACAGGCAGCCCUUCUACCACCAACAAACCCUCUGGGCCAUGGAAGGACUGCCUGCAGGCCCUGGAGGAUGGCCACACGGCUAGUGGCAUGUACCUAGUGAAGCCAGAGAACGCCAACAGACUGAUGCAGGUGUGGUGUGACCAGAGACAUGACCCUGGUGGCUGGACUGUCAUCCAGAGGAGGCUGGACGGAUCAGUCAACUUCUUCAGGAACUGGGAGACUUAUAAGCAAGGCUUUGGAAACAUAGAUGGAGAGUAUUGGCUGGGCCUGGAGAACAUCUACUGGCUGACCAACCAGGGGAACUACAAGCUGCUGGUGACUCUGGAGGACUGGUCUGGUAGGAAGGUGUUUGCAGAGUACGCCAGCUUCAGGCUGGAGCCUGAGGCAGACUUCUACAAACUCAGGGUGGGCCGCUACCAUGGCAACGCCGGAGACUCCCUCACCUGGCACAACGGCAAACAGUUUACUACGCUGGACAGAGACCAUGAUGUGUAUACAGGUAACUGUGCCCACUACCAGAAGGGAGGCUGGUGGUACAAUGCAUGUGCCCAUUCUAACCUCAAUGGAGUAUGGUACAGAGGUGGACACUACCGCAGUCGCUACCAAGAUGGAGUCUACUGGGCUGAAUUCAGAGGAGGGGCCUACUCCCUGAAGAAAGUAUCUAUGAUGAUAAGACCGAACCCAAACACCUUUCAUUAAGUAUCCAUUGCAAAACUAUUUCCUUUCCACAAACUUAAAUUGAAAGCUCUUGAUCUCUGAUACAAUGGAAUCUCACACAACCAGAUCAAGAGGACGAUGACAUAGAAAGUGCAAAUAUCUAAGCCUCGGAGAAGCAAUAAAGGAGAAGCAGGGUGCAUCAUGUUGCUUCAAAGUCCCUUCGUUAAAAAAAAAAAAAAGGGUUUGACCAGAUACAAUGCGUUUUCACAGUAAACAAAUUA